CAAUCCAUCAACCACAGUUUCAUUCUUUUCAGAAGCUGACGAUGAUGACACAGACAUUGAUUCAGAUGAUUCUCAGAGUUUGUUACAACCAGAAAUGUACCAUAUCACUGUUCCAUGUAGCGUUAUUAUGGACUCUGGACCCUCAGCAGAAUCAGAGUACAGUCUAGAACCUUCUUCACCUGCCGGUGCAGCCCCAGCAGCUAUGUACACCUCACCUGGGUCUAUCGCUGCCCCUGAACAAGAGGAACCACCAUCCACAAGCAGAACUUCUCCACCGCCCAGAGCUCAAACCACUGACCCAGUCUUACCAGGUACCACUGACCCUACGCCUAACCAGGACCGUGCCAGCGAUGGUCCCACAGGUCAGCCCGGAUCACCCCCGAAUUCAAGCCCCACUGUUGACGUUCCAGCAGUGUCAAUAUCUGCAGUACAAACACUCUCACUCUUAGUACAAGCAUCUCACUUAAAAUCUGAGCAGCUACCAGAACCCUCUCCUCCGGCAGGGGUUUCUUCAUCACCAGGUCGUCCCGCUGCAGCAGAUGCUUCUGAUGUGGGUACCACAGAGAAAUCCCAGUCCAGUGCUGCCAUAUUCUGGACCAGAUGUAAUGAGGCUGGGUGGACUAAAGAAGUCUUCUCAGAGCUCGUGUCUCAGCUGAGCAGCCUAGGAGAAAGAGUGCAGUCACAGGAAGCCAGCCACCAAGGUGAGAACAGCCUUGAUUCAGGCCAGUUUUGUGGAAUAUUUCAGGUUCAAUACAAGUUAAAGGUGAAGUAUGCGGUUUCUGCGCUACUAGUUUCACCUCGUAAACAACCUUUGCAAAGGCCUCUUUCACCCACGCUCUUCUGAUUAUUCUUAUCCUUACAAUAUCUUAUUUUAUCCGGGGCUUGACGGUAAAGUGGCAAAAACUUGAGUUUAGAAACUUCAGCAAGUUCAACGUCUCGACUAAAAUGCAAACAUUGGAUCAAAUUCAUCCAUCUUAUAAAAGCAUUACCAAUGUUUACUGUCCUCUUAAGGCCCGUUCACACCAAGAACGAUAACUAUAAAGAUGACUAUAUUAGCGUCCACACCAGCAGACGAUAUCAUCCGUUUAUUCCAAGCGCACACUCGUCUGCCGCUUUAAACUCUCAAGCUUGUUAUUGC